CGGUGUUUUUGACGUUUGACGUUUGUGUAAUUUCUUCCGAUUUUGUGAAAUAAUUACAAAAAAACGAAAGAACGGUAAACAAAACCAUUAAAUCAAUUGAUUAUGUCGCUGUAAAAUUUAUCCGUCGAAGCUAACCUCAAAAUGUACCCUUGUCGUCCCUAUUUUUGGCUUUUGGAGUCUCAUAUACGCAAAUUUCACACCUCUUUUAGCCUAAGAUCUUUAAAAAAGAAAAGUCAUUAUGACUCUCUUGGAAUUUCAGCAAAAGCAACACAAGCUGACGUCAAAACCGCCUAUUACAAACUCUCAAAAGUUUAUCAUCCUGAUCGAAAUAAAGACAGCGAGGACGCCGCAGAGAAAUUUCGCGAUAUUACCGAAGCGUACGAAGUAUUAGGGAACGUGAAAUCACGCAAACUUUAUGACAGGGGUUUGUACUUUGAGGGUGCGACAAGUGGGGUAGUACGAGAUGACAUCCCGCUAAAGAAGUUCUACAAAUCGAGGGACACCCAAUCAAGACCUCCUACAGAAUACGGAAGAACCACAGUGUAUGAUUUUGAUGAAUGGUCAAAGGCACAUUAUGGGGCCACUUUUCAAAACACUCUGAGGUAUAGGGCGAGAGAAAAAAUGAAAAUGAAACGAGAACAAGAACUCAAUGAACAUGUAAAGGCGGAAAAAAUGGUUUUACUAAUUGGGGUUGUUGCAAUGUUGGCAGCUUAUGUUUUUUAUGAUGAUUACGAUGAUCCAAACAAGGUUGUGAUAUUUGGGGAACAUAUUAUCGAUAAGUCUAAGCCAGACAAAUGAUAAAAGUAUUUAUUUAUUGUAAAUAGUUGUAAAUAAAAAUUAUAUAAUUUAUAAUUGUUUUAUUCAUUA